AUGUCACAGAAAAUACAGCAGCAUCAGUUUCCUCAUUUUUAUUGUUGUUAUCUCCUACAAUCGAUCAACAAGAGGCAGUCAUUCUACAUAGGGUCAACUCCAAACCCAAUACGACGUUUGAGGCAGCAUAAUGGGAAGCUUACGGUUGGGGGGGCUUAUCGAACUAAACGCGAUGGAUCAAGGCCUUGGGAAAUGAUAAUGAUCGUGCAAGGCUUUCCAAGUAAGAUUGCAGCAUUGCAAUUUGAACAUGCAUGGCAGCAUGGAUAUCAAACGCAUUACAUUGCUGAGAAGGAUCGAAUAGUGAAACAUAAAGCGGGUGGGAGAACCUUGCACCAUAAAGUUGCAUUGAUGAAAUUACUACUAAAACAUGAAUUCUUUCAAAGAAUGAACUUAACUGUCGAAAUGUUCAAUUUGAAAGGGUCGCAAAUUUGGGAGCAAGAUAAGUUUAGGAUUGAAAGUGAAAGUUUCAGGAUAAACAUGCGAACAUGUGAAAAUGCUCUUGAAGAACCGAAAGGAAACACUGUAGACGAUCUCAUGGAUCAUAGUGAUGAGAACUUAAAACUGGUAGAGAAAGUUUACACUAGCGUUCUAAGAAGCGAAAAGGAAACAUUCCAACUUUUUGAAAGGAAAUUGACCGAAGGAGUAAUACGAUGUGGAAUUUGUGAAAAGGAAAUUGACUACACAUCAGAAGAACCAAUCUCGAAACCAUUUGUUGCACUUUGCAAUAAUGAAAAUUGUCAUCAAAUUAGUCAUUUGAAAUGUCUUCACAGAUAUUUUAUAGACGAUGAACAGUUAGUCGUGGGAAAAAGAAACCUGAUACCUAAAAGUGGAAGAUGCCCCGGUUGUGAUAAAAUUUGGCAAUGGACGACACUGGCUAAAUUCUCUACAAGAAUGAAGGUAGCAUACGGGAAGUAA